CCCAGGCCUUGGUCUGUCUCAUUUUUCCAUCUCAUUUUCAUUCUAUCCAUUUUUCCCUCUCUCCAGUCUGCUCCCAUGUCCCCUCCCCCCAGCACACAGGACAAGAGCCAGGCCUGGAGAGCAUUACCACGACUGCUGCUGCUGCUGCUCCCAGGCUCCUGGGCAUUACCCAAGGCUCAAGAACUUCAAAGCAUAGCAGGGCAGACGCUGUCCGUGAAAUGCCAGUACCCACCCACGGGCAGGUUCUACGAGAAGAAAGGCUGGUGUAGGGAGAAGUCAGAAUUCGUGUGCACCAAGCUAGUCAUCAGCUCCAAGCCCCGAACACUGGCUCAGGUCUCUCGAUUCUCAAUCUGGGACAACCCUGAUGCUGGCUUCUUCAUUGUCACCAUGAGUAGUCUGAGGGAGGAAGACUCAGGACACUACUGGUGUAAAAGCUACCGCGCUUCUGGCUACUCUGUCUCUAGAUCCAUCAGAUUCUACCUGGCAGUAUCUCCAGCCUCUGCCUCCACACAGGCCACCCGUGCUCCCCCCGACCUGGUCUCAUCACAGACCCAGAGCAGUGUGCCCCCAACUAGAGAAGCCAGAGAUGCCCUCAAGGCCUCGCCUGCCAUCACUGCCCCUCCACAGCCACGCAACUCCACACUCCACCAUGGCCCUGCAGCCCCCAGCGCCCUGCUUCCUGUGCUCUGUGGACUCCUUGUAGCCAAGACCUUGCUGCUGCUGCUGCUGCUCUGGGCCUUAAGAAAUCGACACGUUCGGCGCCAAGGGAAGUCUCUACUGCACCUAGCUCAGUGCAGACCCUCUACCCCAUUGGUGCUUCCAACUAUGCCACAGGACCCAGGUGUCAUUGUUGCUUUUCCCGCUGCGAAGCAAAGAAUGCCUUUCCUUCUCACCUACUAACGGACCCUAGAGGAGGAGAUAGCUCAGAGGAAUUGUCCCAGCAGAAGUCCCAAGAUCCUGUUAGCUGAAAAUGGGAUUCAUCUGGACGGAGGUCACGAGACUGUCUUAGCAGAAGAUGGGAUGAAUCUGGCAGAGGCCAGGGGAUUGUCUUGGCCCAAGGUGGGAUUAUGGGAUCAGACUAUUUGAAAGUUCUUUGCUUCUGCUCAGAAGCAGAACUUUGGAUUUUGAGAUCAUUGUCUGCCAUUUUCCU